GGCCUGCCGAUGAGGAGGCCGCGGGGGGAGCCCGGCUCCCGGGCCCCGAGACCGACUGAGGGAGCGACCUGCGCGGGGCCUGGGGAGCCAUGUAGGGGUGGCGCCUACGGGACGGGCUGCGGGAGGGCGGCGGGAGUUGGUGUUGGCGACCGUGACCACGGUCUCCUGGCGUUGCCGGGCCCGGGCGGGUGUGGGGGCCCCUGACACCGCCGACUCCGCGCCAUUGCAAAGCUGCGCGCUCGGGCUCCACGGGCGCCCUGCGAGGUGCGCGCUGCGUUCUCGUUUCACGGGCAGAGAGACGAAGUCACUUGUCCAAGGUCAUGCAGCUGGUAAGUGGGAGCGCCCAGCAUGGAACCCAGGACCGCCCGGCUGCCGAGCUCGCGUUCCACCCUCCUUGCCGCUGCCGCCUCCUGCGGGAGGGGGAGGUGGUCGGGAGGGCGUAUCGAAGGGGCAAGCUGGGCUCCAGGCUGGGCACGACCACUAACCCGAUUCGUGACCUCGGGCUUAACCCCUUUUCCUCUCGGGGCCUUGGUUUCUCCACCUGUGAAAUCGAGGUAGCGCCAGCCCUGCCUACCACCUCAGAGGCGCGUACGGAGCAUCAGAGGGUCUCCAUCACCCAACUCCAUGCUUCGAGUCCUGCUCUCUGCCCAGGCCUCCGCUGCUCGGCUGUCUGGCCUGCUGCUGCUCCCGCCAGUACAGCCCUGCUGUCUGGGGCCCAGCAAGUGGGGGGACCGGCCUCCUGGAGGAGGCCUCCAUGCAGGCCCUGUGCAAGGGCUACAGCGGCUUCUGGAACAGGCGAGGAGCCCUGGGGAGCUGCUGCGUUGGCUGGGCCAGAACCCCACCAAGGCUUCCCAUCAGAUGGGCCCCUGAUGUGUGCCCUGGAGCAGGAGAGAAGGUUCCGCCUCCCUCCGAAGCCACCUCCCACUCUGCAACCUGGCCUGCGCAGUGGGCAGAGAUUGGAAGCUGCUCUGAGCUGCCCUCGUUUCCUGAGGCGUCCGCAGCAGCACCUCAUCCGCAGCCUGGCAGAGGCCAGGCCAGAGGAACUGACUCCCCACGUGAUGGUGCUCCUGGCCCAGCACCUGGCCCGGCACCGGUUGCGGGAGCCCCAGCUUCUGGAAGCCAUUGCCCACUUCCUGGUGGUCCAGGAAGCCCAGCUCAGCAGCAAGGUGGUACAGAAGUUGGUGCUGCCCUUUGGGCGGCUGAACUACUUGCCCCUGGAACAGCAGUUUAUGCCCUGCCUUGAGAGGAUCCUGGCUCGGGAAGCAGGGGUGGCUCCCCUGGCUACUGUCAACAUCUUGAUGUCACUGUGCCAGCUUCGGUGCCUGCCCUUCAGAGCCCUGCACUUUGUCUUUUCCCCAAGUUUCAUCAACCACGUCAGCGGCACCCCUCAUGCCCUGAUUGUGCGGCGCUACCUCUCCCUGCUAGACACGGCCGUGGAGCUGGAGCUUCCAGGAUACCGGGGUCCCCGCCUUCCCCGAAGGCAGCAAGUGCCCAUCUUCCCCCAGCCACUCAUCACUGACCGUGCCCGCUGCAAGUACAGUCACAAGGAUAUAGUGGCGGAGGGGCUGCGCCAGCUGCUAGGGGAAGAGAAGUACCGACAGGACCUGACCGUGCCUCCAGGCUACUGCACAGACUUCCUGCUGUGUGUCAGCAGCUCUGGUGCUGUGCUUCCCGUGAGGACCCAGGACCCCUUCCUACCCUACCCUCCCAGGUCCUGUCCCCAGGGCCAGGCUGCCUCUCAGCCCACCACCCACGACCCUGCCCAGAGGGUGGUGCUGAUGCUGCGGGAACGUUGGCAUUUCUGCCGGGACGGCCGAGUGCUGCUGGGCUCCCGGGCCCUACGGGAGCGGCACCUGGGCCUGCUAGGCUACCAGCUCCUGCCGCUACCCUUCGAGGAACUGGAGUCACAGAGAGGCCUGCCCCAGCUCAAGAGCUACCUGAGGCAGAAGCUCCAGGCCUUGGGCCUCCGCUGGGGGCCGGAAGGGGGGUGAGGGGGUGCACAUGGGGCUCAGGAUGACCCCCCGCAAUGGGGGGGUGGACAGUUUGCACUUUGGCUCUCUAUAUUUUGGGUUCUCAUUAAAGUCCCUUUCCUUCCCCAA